AUGUGGCCAGAGUGGUUGAGAUCGCCACGUAGGGCGCACAGCUUCCCUAAAGAGCCACCACAGCCACCAUCACCAAGGUACUUCUUCUGCUCAUCUUUCAAAGAUGUCAACACCCUUCUCUUAGAAGAACCCCAAAAUGGAUCCAAAUCCGAACCCCAAUCCCCUAGAAGACCCUCCAUUUUCCACCGGGUCCGUAUCGCUACCUCACUCCUCCGCCACCACCACCGCCACCACUCUAAAACAUCCACCAUUUCCCCACCUUCUAACCAAGAUGAACACGAUAUCAUCCUCUACUUCACUAGCCUCCGCAUUGUCCGCAAAACAUAUGAGGAUUGCAGAACCGUCAGAUCAAUCCUCCGUGGAUUUCGCGUUCCAAUCGACGAGCGAGAUUUGUCCAUCGAUGGUAGGUAUCUAGACGAGUUACAGAUGAUCACAGGGUCUAAAAAAGUGAGCUUACCUGUAGUUUUCAUGGGAGGGAAGUAUGUUGGUGGUGCCGAGGAGAUCAAGGAGAUGAAUGAGAGUGGUGAGUUGAGGAAACUGAUUGGUGGGUUACCGUUUGUAGAAAACAGUAUUAGUUGUGAUCUUUGUGGAGGGCUGAGAUUUGUUGUCUGUGAACAAUGCAAUGGUAGCCACAAGAUCUACUCUGAGAAGUGUGGAUUUAAGACCUGCUCAUCUUGCAAUGUGAACGGAAAAUGGGGAUCAUCCCAUGUGGGCUUAUCUGUUUGA